CACUUUCGUCAGUGAUAUCGACGCUGUGUUGUAUGGAUCGAAUAGUUUAUAAACAGGGGCGUUUAACAGAAGAUAAAAUGUAAUAGUUGUUACACGCGUAUUACGUGUAGUCGGAUAAGAUUUAUCACAUUUUUGUACAAAUCCGAGGCUGAUCACCAGCCUCUUUUUCAUUCCACCGUCACUUCACUCACUCUUUUACUCCGAUCCAGACGCGCUUUUGUUUUCGGUACUUCGCUCCGAAGCAGACGAUUUACGUUCCAGUUUUUCAACUCUACGCUUAGCGGGAUUUUCCUGCCUGUACUCUGACGCGUGCGUUUGGAGAAGCUGAGGACGGUUUUGUUUGGCCCGAUGGCGCCGUGUCGGACGAACUUGAUAAAGGCGUCGAACGUGUUGGUGUUCCUGACCUUUUUAACGGUGGGGACGUCAUCAGUCAAAGUAGGCGAGUCGAGGCUGUUGAGGAAAUGCUGCAACCCCGGAAGCGUCGUGACCUUUGACGGAGAAUCGCACGCGUGCAAAACGUCACCUCCCGAUGCUCCGGAGUUUUUUGAUCCGAUUAAUUCCGGGCAAAGAAACCCGGGCAUUCCCGCUUGCCAGAACGGCGCAAAUAUCUCGACCAUUCCACUCGCCGAUGCAAAUUUCACCCACUUGCCGAGGGAGUCUUGCAUCGACGUUAUUAUCGGCUCGGAAGACGACGUCGAAUCGCGACGAAACGGUUCGCUGACUCUUUUAUUCUGCACUCGGAACUCGGACACGGAUUUGGCCGACGGAUCUCACGACGAAUCUCGUCAGCUUCCGAUUGUCGCGAAAAUCAGGAGAUGCUGUUUACGUGGUGAGAUUUUCAGGACCGAUCGGCGAGCCUGUGUGCCGUUGGAGGAUUCGGAUCGAGAUGUUUCCACCGGAUCUUUGCUCCGAAGUAUCGGGUCUACCGAUUUUCUCUACGCCAAAAGAGGCCCGUUGAUCUGUCCGCACGCCAUUAUCGAUCAAGAAGUUAAUCAGACCCAGGUUUCGAUCGUGAAUGGAAGACUCAAGGUCACAACAACGAAUUCCACCGUCGUUGUUGAUCUGCUUGCAACCGAGGAAAGCGUUUGCCUCGAAUCAGGCAAUUCGCCUGGUCAUCUGGUCGUCAGAGCUUGUCGAGGCAAAGAAUAUUGUCGCGAUAAUACCUGCCUGAGAAAAUGCUGCCGGGAAGAUGAGGCGAUGGUCGAAACCUCGUGUCAAAAAUUACCGGCCGAAUUGACGGUUUCGAAGCUGCACGAGGAGGUCCGGAAUUUGUCGAACGCGGUGGAGAACUCGACGGAACAGGUCGUCGACAGUACCGAGUACGGACUUCUCGUCGGUAAGCCGUGCUUGUACGGAAUGUACGCGGUACUUAGAGAGGAGAACUGGCAUCUCGUGCCGGAAGGAAAGCUCCACGUUCCCGGUUACCAAACUUACGAGCAUCACCAGCACUGCAUGGACAUGUUUUACAACACCAGCCUCGGACCGGACGGCCUUUAUCCAUUUGUUUGCUUCGAGGAUCCCCCCCUGCAGGACAACUACUCCGAGGAGAGGUAUCACGUGAACGCAGCGCUGCUGAUAAUCGGCUGUACUUUCCUUCUGGUCACAUUGCUGGUUUACAUAUGUUUGCCGACUCUGCAAAAUCUUCAUGGGAAAACUCUCAUGUGUCACGUGGGGAGCCUAUUGGUGGCAAUGGUUUGUCUCGCCAUCGUUGCCGUUGCAAUUCCGAAGGAGUCCCAAGUGCAAGAAGAAGAUAAAAUCGACUUAGAAGAUGUCUGCACAUUUCUGGGGUACACAAUGCUAUUCUCUUUCCUAUCCGCCUUCUUCUGGCUGAACGUCAUGUGCUUUGACAUAUGGUGGACUUUCGGAUCACUGCGGCAUUCGGGAAGGACCAACACCAAGCGGCAGGAGGACCACAAACGAUUCAUACUCUAUUGCCUCUACGCGUGGGGCCUUGCGGUGAUAUUUGUCAUCGUCGCUGUCACCGCUGAUUACCUACAAUUUUUACCUGCUAAUCUGCGCCCCGGGAUGGGGGUUCGGAGGUGCUGGUUCUCAAGUGGCUAUAGCUUUCAUGGUGAGAUAUUAUUUUUCACUGGUCCGGUCUCGAUUCAACUCGUCGUUAACAUCGUCCUGUUCAUUCUGACGGCCAGGAGGUGUAACAUGGUCAAAGCCGACAUCCAGCGACGAGUUAAAAUGAACAAGUCGGAUUCCAGGAGCCGUAGGUUUCAAGCUGAUAAAAAUAAAUUGAUCCUGAAUGUCAAGCUCUUCAUCGUCAUGGGGAUAUCCUGGAUCCUCGAGGUGAUAUCCUACUUCCUGAACCACUACCUGACGAACUUCAGUUGGAAAACGGAAUUCUUCUGGGCGUCGGACGCGUUCAAUUGCCUCCAGGGUCUUAUGAUAUUCGUGCUCUUCGUACUGAAGAAGAAAGUCUUUCACGCAUUGCGACGGAAGUUCGCAAAGAGUGACGAAAGCCGCCGAUGCAGCACCGCCGGGGUUCACGAUCCGUACAGAGUCAGAAAGAGUCCCAGCACCAGCACGAUACUCUCCACGUUUGCCGUUAGCUCUUCGCCUUGAUCGUAGGGAGAAGAUGAAAUGAAACACGAGAGCCUGGCCUUUUACGUGGAUCACAGUAGUCAAUUUGCCAGAUUGCGGGUAAAGGUUCAGGGAACAGGAAAUUUAUUACUUCACCGGAUCUCACCCGUUGUGGCAAGAAAGCCAAAGAAAGAGUCAAACCUGAUUUUAACAGCCGAUGUAUCGACUCGGGGAAUUGCGAAACUCAGAGUUUUCGAGGAGCCAGAUGUUUCAGUGUUUCUACUCAAUGAAACGAUGAUGAUUAUUUAAUUUUCUCUCAGUUCUGAGGCAUCGUCUCAAUUUUUACACUCGGCAAAUACGUAUUAGAAUUUCGCCAAGUUUCCAUUAGAGUUGAUUCGAAGAAUUGGAGAAAAUUUCACAUUCGGUGGUUUGAUUUAAAUUUUAGCCAAAGAAGCUUAUCCAAUUCAACUACUCGUUAUAUUUAGUUCAAUCGUGUUCAUAUCCAGGCCGUUGCUAAACAUUUGUAAAUAAUUUGAAAUGGAUAUAAUGUUAAAUUUUUUUUAUAAUGCUUAUACUAUACGUAUAACGUAAUACGUAAAAUGGCAGUGAUUUAUAGACGUCGGAAAGCUUCCGGGGAUAAAUCUACUUGAAAGAAAAAAAAAGAGAUGGGAAAAAAUUGAAAAUUAUGUUAAUAAUCUGUAAUUUAAAGAUUAUGAAUCACAAUUUUAUUAUAUAUACAGAUAUAUAGUUACAUAUAGACAAUACAAAUACGCCUACAUUCUCAAUAAAUGGUACCAUUCGUAUUUUUUUAUUUA